AUGCCCUUGCGAAGGAAAUUGAUCCCUUGUUGGGGAAAAUCCUUGGUAAAAGACAACGCUGAUUAUGAAGUUCCAGAUGAUCGACGUUUAAUUAUCGAAAACAUUUUCAUAAAAACUCUUUCCGGAGAGACCAUAACGUUAAGAAACGUUAACGCGAAUACCUCCGUACGUCAAUUGAAAAAUGAAAUUUAUAAAACUGAACGAAUCCCACCGGAGGAAAUAAAUUUACGUUAUAAUAAUAAAACACUUCAAGACCAUCUAACGUUAAAAGAUUAUGAUAUCACAAAUGAUUCAUUAAUUUAUUUGACUUUGCUAUUACGUGGAGGAGGAUCUAUUACAAUUUUUGUCCUUGAUCGGAAUUUCUUGGACCCUCCUUUUGAUUAUGAUUUUACCAAUAUACAAAGUUCCAAGAAAUAUAUGCGUGGAAAUUUCAAUUAUAAUCGACCAUAUGGAUGGAGACGUAUCGCGUUAAAAGUUCUUGAUAAAUUUAAUGACAAUAGUUGGCUUGGGGUAAAUAAUAGGGUAACCAGCUUUGAUUCUGUGAAAGAUGAAUGGAUUGUUAGCUACCAUGGUACCACAAAACGUAAUGCGAAUUCAAUCGCAAAGGAUGGAUUUGAUUUGAAUUUAAUUAUGAGGGAGAGACAUAAUAAAGUCGUGUUUCAAAAUCGUGUGAAACCUAAUGCCUUUAAGAUAGCAAACUUUGAACAGUAUUUUGUUACUAGUAAUGACAGAGAUAUUCGACCUUAUGGUCUUUGCAUUAAAAAAGCUUAA